AGUGCGGUUUCCAAGUGACCUCUGGGCACAAGACUUCAGCCAUGAAGAUAGCAAGCAUCUUUCUUCUCAGUGCUUUGGCCCUGUUGAGUUUAUCUGGUAACACUGGUGCUGACUCCCUGGGUAAAAAGGCUAAUUGUAACAACGAAUUUAAUAAAUGUACCAAGAUAUAUAACCCUGUCUGUGGAACUGAUGGAAAUACUUAUUCCAAUGAAUGCAUGCUAUGUCUUGAAAAUAAGAAGCGCCAGAUUCCUGUCCUCAUUCAAAAAUCUGGGCCUUGCUGAGAACCAUGGUUCUGAAACCCCAUGAGGUCACUACCAUGCCUGGCUGGCCUGAUUGUUGAAUAAAUGCAUCUGAACAU